AAUGAAUCAUGUUUUAAUUACCAAGAAGUGUCAUGUUUCACUAAAGACAGCAUUUGCGCUUGAAGUCUGAGUUAUAGCUACCGAAUAACGAAAGCCCGAAUAUUUUCUUUAUUGUGGCUUCAGUGUUUAUUUCGGUCCACGUCGCUCCAUCAGUCUUCGUUAAAACCGUUUCUUUUGCCGUUUUUUGAUGUCCUGAGAGAAAAAUGAAGGUUGAGCCUGAGGGACACCGCUUUAUUAUGUCGCUUUUUUUUACAGCGAGGUUGAAGGGAAAUUUAAAGACCUAAAAAUAAAGCGUCGGGUUCUACUCCACAAAGAAUCAUUUGAACUUCCUACCGCAGAAGGAGCAGGACAUAAAUAGUUCUGACAUGUGGAUGUAAUUUCAGAAAAAAGGCAGACAGAUGCAGAGAAAUAAAACGCGAGCGGGAGAGAGAGACUGGGAACAGAUUGAAUCGAGCUGCAGAUCUGUGACAAGGAAAAGCCGUGAGAAAAUAUUCAUAAUUUUACAAGCAAACGAUGUAAUGGGAGGGAAGCGGACAGCAGAGAAAUGACUGGCUCUUUGACUGCGCUUUAACAGACGCAAACAUCAGAGAAAUCCCAUUCAAACUCACAUCAAUUUGCGUGAACUUGUCGGGAUGGGAGCCACGCUGAUCGUACACACUUUAGGGUUUCUCUUUUGCGGCACCUUGCUGAGUUUCGUCUAUGGUCUGGUUGAUGCUGAUGAUGUCCUCACUAAAGAAGAACAAAUCAAUCUUCUGUUCAACGCAAAACGAAAAUGUGAACGAGCCAUCAAGUCCAAACAUAAAAUCACUGAGGGUUACUGCAUGCCGGAGUGGGAUGGCAUCGUUUGCUGGCCCGAGGGACUUCCUGGAAGGAUGGUGUCCACUGCCUGCCCAGAGUACAUAUAUGACUUCAACCACAAAGGACAUGCGUACCGGCGCUGUGACAUCAAUGGGACCUGGGAGAUGGCAUCAAAUAACAACAAAACCUGGGCUAAUUACAGCGAGUGCGCCAAAUUCCUCUCCCAUUAUGACCCGGACGAUGAGAGGGAGGUUUUUGACAGACUUUACCUGAUCUAUACCGUGGGCUACUCCAUCUCUCUGGGAUCACUUAUGGUGGCAACAGUCAUCCUAGGAUACUUUCGGCGGCUGCACUGCACCCGAAACUACAUCCACAUGCACCUGUUUGUAUCGUUCAUGCUGAGGGCCAUUAGUAUAUUUGUGAAAGACGUGGUGUUGUACUCUGGUGCUGCUCUGCAGGAAAUGGAGAGCAUUACUGUGGAAGAUCUCAAAUCCAUCACAGAAGCACCUCCUGCCAACAAAACCAAGUUUAUUGGCUGUAAGGUGGCUGUGACUCUCUUCUUGUACUUCUUGGCGACUAAUUAUUACUGGAUUCUGGUGGAAGGCCUGUACCUGCACAGCCUUAUCUUCAUGACCUUCUUCUCAGACAGGAAGUACCUUUGGGGCUUUACUCUGAUUGGCUGGGGUGUUCCUGCGAUGUUUGUGACCAUCUGGGCUAGCGUGAGAGCCACUCUUGCUGACACUGAAUGCUGGGAUUUAAGCGCAGGAAACCUGAAAUGGAUAGUGCAGAUUCCUAUUCUGACAGCAAUUGUUGUCAAUUUUUUGUUGUUCCUGAAUAUAAUUAGAGUCUUGGCAACAAAACUUAGAGAAACAAACGCAGGAAGAUGUGACACCAGACAACAGUAUAGAAAGCUGUUAAAAUCGACGCUGGUCCUCAUGCCGCUGUUUGGGGUUCACUACAUUGUGUUCAUGGCAAUGCCCUACACAGAAGUGUCUGGGGUGCCGUGGCAAAUCCAGAUGCAUUAUGAAAUGCUCUUUAACUCAUUCCAGGGAUUCUUCGUUGCAAUUAUAUAUUGCUUCUGCAAUGGAGAGGUCCAAGCAGAAAUCAAGAAGUCCUGGAGUCGGAGGACGCUCGCUCUGGACUUCAAGAGAAAAGCCCGGAGUGGCAGUAACACGUACAGCUAUGGACCCAUGGUGUCUCACACCAGUGUCACUAAUGUGACCGCACGGGGCCCUCUGGCCCUGCACCUCACCACCCGCCUGGGGCCCGUCUCCCUCAACGGCCACCGAAACCUCCCGGGAUACGUGAAGAACGGCUCGGUCUCUGAGAACUCAAUCCCGUCCUCGGGACACGAGCUCCAUACACAAGAGGAAGAACCUUCAAAGAGCUUCCAAGUGGAAAAAACCAUCCCGGUGGUGGAGGAGGAAAGAGAAACAGUCAUGUGACUUCACAAACCUUAAUAAAGACCAAGAAAAAUGUCGAAGGAUUAGAUAGUCCUUUGUUUCUCAGGAUUUCCUCACAAUUAGGGUUGUGAGUCCAUUUAAGAUGUACAGUCGAGCCGAAUGGACCAGAUAUGAUCCGUGUCUUUAAAAUGAGCCACAAUGUUCUUGCAAGACUGGAAGCUACAACAGGCACCAGGCCACCUUCACCAGCAGCAUUCGGAGAAUGAGAACAGAUUUUGGCUUCAAAAAUUGUGGUGAAUGCAUUGUGCAACAGUGAGUUUGCUUCAGGGUCAAGUCAUAUGAAAUAUAUGGCACUGUGGACCGUGAAUUGUAAAUAAGAGACUCAUAUUUCAAAGAUGUUUUUGAUCAGCACUAUUAUAAUGUUACUUACAGAUGCGACUGCCAGUAGGGACACUCUUUGUAUUAUGAUAGCAGGUUUGUGUUGGUAGAAUGUCAUAUUUAUAUGUCUUUAAGUCUUGAGCGGCUGUGUCUUGUUUAUCCAUGUGUUUAAUCAGUAGAUUUGCCAAAUCUUGCCAGACUGUCUUUUUUCUUCAUGAGUGAAUUCCCUCAGAAUCUGUGUAGACUUCUACAGUACAAGCUUGCAUUAUUGCCAGUGAUGAUGACGUGAUUGUUGCCAGUGGUGAAACGUCCAAGAUUUUUGUUAUUAGGACCAACACAUACUAUACUAGGCAUUAAAGAAAAAUUCUGUCCACGUUUUUUUCUUUUCAGGAUCGUUUUUGGCUGCCUUAACCAUUGCGGUUUAGCAUAGUUUAUAAUACUGUUUCCAUUUUAUCACUGAG